GCCACAGAAACAGUUCAGUCUGGUCUCUUUAACGCUGCUGGGUGAAUCCAUGAAUGUUUUGUUUUCUUUAACGUGUUGUACUGGAAAACCUGGGAGUCUGUCGCUGCAGGAAGCCAUGUUGGUUUAAAGCUCUGGUUUCAUUCGCCUGCUUCUUUCUCAAACCUUCAACAGCUUUAAAUCUGAUGCAGCAAUUCGGCUGAACAAAACAAGACAAAAAGGUUUGUUUUCCUUUGGAUGCAAUGAAUCCCAGUGUAUAUACGUUGGAGGAAGAGGAUGAUGAAGAUGCAGCGAUUCAGUACAUGAUUGAGCAGAGUCUGCUGGAGAGCAGCAAGCAGAGGGACGCCCACAGAGAGUCGUCAGCGGGAAACAAGCCGAGUGCCGAUUCAGAAUCUUCCAACAUCUCCAAGAUCUUCUCUGCUAUAAAACAAGGAAACGAGAAGCAGCUGAAGGAUUUUUCCGUCCGGCUUAAAGACGAGUUUCUGCGGAGCGACAGCCGAGGUUGGACGCCUCUCCAUGAGGCGGCAGCUCAGAGCAACCAGGCCGUCCUGGAGGUCACAUACAGAGCUUCUGGUCCGGACUCUCUGGAGGGCCGGACUCUUCGGGGCCAGACGCCCCUCUUCCUGGCGGUGGAAGGCGGUCUGGUGGAAAACGCCUCGUUCCUCCUGGAGCGCGGCGCUCAGCCGGACUGCCAGGACCAGGACAAGGAUGCCCCGCUGUUUGUAGCCAUCCGUUCGGACCGAACCGACUUGGUGAAGCUGCUGCUCCUCCAUGGCUCCAGUGUGAACCAGGCGGGCUGCCACGGCCGCCGCCCGCUGCACGAGGCGUCGCGGGCGGGCAGCGUGGAGCUGGUAAAGCUGCUGCUGGAGGCCGGGGCGCGGCCGGACCCGCGCAGCAACUACGGCUUCACGCCGCUGGCGCUGGCUGCGCAGGGAGGACACCUGGGGGUGGUGGAGCUCCUGCUGAGGAAAGGAGCAGACAUUUUCUCUCAGGCGCACGAUGAGGCGUCCGUAUUAUACGAAGCGUCUGCUUCAGGGAACGCCGCCGUCGUCCGUCUGCUGCUGGAUCACGGAGCCGACGCCAACGUGUCCAAUCACACCGGACAUCUGCCGAUCCACCGGGCCUCACACAGAGGACACCUGCAGUCACUGAAGUUGCUGCUGCCCGUCACCAACAUGGGAGAUGUGAACGACAGCGGGAUCAGCCCUCUUCAUUCAGCGGCUGCAGAGGCACACACACACUGCAUCCAGGCCUUGCUGGAUGCAGGUUACGACCCCAACUUCAUGCUCCACCCCUGGAUCCGCCGGAGCUAUGACGACGAGAGGAAGUCGGCUCUCUUCUUUGCUGUUUCCAAUAACGACAUGGCGUCUGUGAAGCUGCUGCUGGAGGCCGGAGCCAUGCCCAACCAAGACCCGGUCAAAUGUCUGCAGGUUGCACUGCGUCUGGGCAACUACGAUCUGAUCAACUUGCUGCUGCGUUACGGCGCCAACGUCAACUACUACUCCAAAAUAAACACGACGCAUUUCCCCUCGGCGCUGCAGUACGCGCUCAAAGACGAGGUCAUCCUGAGGAUGCUGUGUAACUAUGGUUACGACGUGGAGCGCUGCUUUGACUGUCCCUAUGGCAACAGCUCCCAUGUUCCUGAGGACUACGAGGGAUGGACCUGCUCUGUGAUCAAAGACACUUUGUUCUGUGAGGUCAUCACCGUCUAUUGGCUGAAAGACCUGUCGGGUCACGUGGUUCGAGUGCUGCUGGACUACGUGGAUCACGUGACGCUGUGCUCCAAAUUGAAGGCGGUUCUGAUGGAGCAGACCCAGUGGGCCGAGAUCUGCGGACUGCAAGAAAACCCCCGCUGCCUGCAGCAUCUCUGCCGCCUGCGGAUCCGUCGUUGUCUCGGCCGCCUCCGGCUCCGGUCGCCCGUCUUCAUGAGUUUUGUGCCGCUGCCGAAGCGGCUGAAGGACUUCAUCCUGUACCGUGAAUACGACCUGCUGGGCCGGCAGAGGGGCAGCCCGGGCUGAAGGCGAUCAGAACCGGUCAACAAGAGAGUUCUGGUGCAUCUGUUUUAAUUUUGAUUUCAUUAUUUGUCAUUUACUUCAUUUUUAUUUGAUCUUAUUUAAUAGACGAACAAAAUACAGUGAAUACUGAUUCAAUAAAGAUCUUAGAA